UCGAUAUUCUCCCACCCAAAGAUUCUCUUAAUGGCGCUUCGCAGAGCUAUCACCAAGCGUCUCAUCGACGGUUACAAAUGCGUUCGACCAUCGAACACGAAGAUCCUCCGUCAUUACAUGACCUCAUCGAAUCUUACGGAUCCUAUCACGGCGAUCCGCAUCGAGUCCGUUAGUCCUCCUAGAAGCGAGGAAGCAACGGCUGUGACGGGUUUAUCAGUGAGUGAGACCAAAAAGUUGUUGAGAAUGUAUCAAAUGGAGAAGGUGAAAGCUAGACUCAGAGAGAUUCCAAAGAACUCUGUUUCGUAUUGGGAGUUUGUUCAAAUCUGUUGUGAGACCUGUGGGAACAACGACGAGCAAGGUUCUCAAAUGGCUCAGUCUUUGGAUCAUGCUGGAAGCGUCGUCGUUUUAGGAGACAUCGUUUUCCUUCAUCCUCAUCAGAUAGCCAUGUCUAUGGCGGCAAUGAUCCACCAAACAUCAGCACUUCCAAACGAUCCAAGAAAAGAAGAGUUAGCUCAGCUUGAGACUACAAAGAAGUGUAUUGACAUAAGGGCACGACGUAUAGUCCAGGCAGAGUUAUAUUGCGGUCUGGGACUCCUAGCAGCGCAAACGGUUGGCUUUAUGCGUCUUACCUUCUGGGAACUAAGCUGGGAUGUGAUGGAACCUAUUUGCUUCUUUGUCACAUCCCUUCAUUUCCUCCUUGGUUACUACUUCUUUCUUCGGACUUCGACAGAACCAUCUUUUGAAGGGUUUUAUCAACAACGGUUUAACACCAAACAGAAGAAGCUUAUGGAGAGCCAUGGGUUUGAUUUUUUGAGAUACACUGAGCUCAACUCCUUGUUUACACCGUUGGCGUGUAAAUCUGAAGUUUCAACGGUUUAGCUAGCAAUAGAAGUUUAUCCCGCCUAGACACAUCAUGUCUUUGGCCACUGUAUAAUUUACCUGGUGUAUGUAGACUUAAA